AUGUCGGAGCCACAGCAAACACCACCACCGGAGAAGACUCCUGGUGACAAGAAGCCGAGCCGACCUGCGCUCGAACGCGGCCACUCCAAGGUCUCCACGGCUUCGGUGGACGACCAAGGGUACGAGUCGCGAUCCAGAUCACAGUCUCGACGGAGAAGGAGACAAAAUCAACGACAGCGACAGGCUCAGGCAAAAGCCCAAACUGGAAACGCCUCCGCUCGGUCGAUGGCCUCGAUUGACGAGGCCGACGAACCCCAACAACAACUAGCAACUCGACCACCACAGCAGCCACAGUGGUUGAAGAACCCGAAUCCCCGCGACAUAACGGAGGCUCAGCCAUUUGAGAGGAUAAAGCCUCCCUCUCAGUCAAUGGAUGGCCCCGUGACAUACGCGCGGAUGCUCCGAGGCGAGAUCCCCUGGAGGGGAGCGCCACCCACGCAGCCAAUUGAGACUGCACAACCCAUCGAUGCAAGAGACAGCAGCGGAACGGAUCCCAAGGACGAAGACGGGUUGAAGUUGCGCUUGGAAUUGAACUUGGACGUGGAAGUCGAGCUCAAGGCCAGCAUCCACGGUGACUUGACUCUGGCGCUAUUGUAA